AAGAAAGCAGCGGAGGAAACUAAGCUUGGCAGCCAGCGGCUAUAAAUACCUCACCACCUUGUUCGCACCAUCCAAAGCAACAGAGAGUUCCAGCAGAGGAGUGCAAACCACAGCUCUGCCUUCUUCCCCCACCAUGGCUGCCAUGUGGUCUCCGAUCAUCGGUCUCCUCCUCCUCCUGCUCCCAACCGCGCCGUCCUCCUCCAUCAAGUUCCCGCUCGAAGGCAAUGUCUACCCUGUUGGCCACUUCUAUGCUACGUUGAACAUCGGUGAACCCGCGAAGCCCUACUUCCUGGACGUCGACACUGGCAGCAACCUCACCUGGCUGGAGUGCGACCACCCGGUCCACGGCUGCAAGGGCUGCCACCCGAGGCCGCCACACCCACAUUACAAGCCAGCAGCUGACAAGUUGAGGGUGCAAUGUGGUGGCCCGCUAUGUGCUGCGAUGCGCAGAGACGUGCCUGGGAUCCCUGAGUGCUCCAGGAAAGAUCCACAUCGAUGCCACUACGAGAUUCAGUAUGUCACCGGGAAGUCAGAAGGUGACCUUGCCACUGACAUCAUUUCUGUCAUUGGGAAAGACAAGAAAAACAUCGCCUUCGGAUGUGGAUACAACCAGGAGGAACCAGCAGACGCACCGCCCUCGUCGGUAGAUGGCAUCCUUGGACUCGGGAGGGGAAAAGCAGGCUUUGCCGCGCAACUCAAGGGGCUAAAGAUGAUAACAGAGAAUGUCAUUGGACAUUGCUUCAGCAGCAAAGGAAAGGGCGUCCUCUUCGUCGGGGACUUCAAUCCGCCCUCGCGCGGCGUAACCUGGGUACCCAUGAGAGAAUCCUUGUUUUACUACUCACCUGGCCUAGCAGAGCUGUUCACUGACAAACAGCCGAUAAGAGGGAAUCCAACAUUUGAGGCUGUAUUUGACAGUGGUACCACCUACACCUUCGUGCCUGCCCAGAUAUACAAUGAGCUUGUUUCAAAGGUUAGAGGCACUCUCAGUGAAUCAUCACUUGUAGAGGUGAAGGGUCGUGCUCUGCCUCUAUGCUGGAAAGGGAAAAAGCCAUUCAGAUCUGUCAAUGAUGUGAAGAACCAAUUCAAGGCACUGUCACUUAAAAUUACCCACGCCCACGGCACCAGCUACCUGGACAUCCCUCCUCAAAACUACCUCAUCGUGGAGGAUGACGGGAAAACGUGCUUGGCUAUCCGCGAUGCCUCGUCGGAUCCUGUUCUGAAGGAACUGAACUUUAUCUUGAUCGGAGCUGUUACGAUGCAGGAUCUGUUUGUGAUAUACAACAACGAGAGCAAGCAGCUCGGAUGGGUUCGUGCGCAGUGCGACAAGGCGCAGGAGCUUGAAUCCGUCAUCGAUUCGCGUCUCUGAACAAUGUUCAGAUCGACAUAGACAAAAACCUUAACGAGAACAAAUGAGUGCUCUCGUAUAUAAGGUGUUCGAAAGGCUGUAUGAUGCUCCCGCUUAUAAUGAAUAAAAUGUUGGCAUACCGAGAAAUGCGCACCUUCGAUAUAUAUGUGUGUAUUUACAAUCUUGGUAAGAUAUUCGAUUACCUUAUUUUUAGGAAGAAUAUAACACACUACAGAAAUAAACUAGAGCUAUUGAUUAUUGA